UCCGCCCCGGGGCUGCCCCGCCCGGCCCCGGCCGCUCGGCCCCGCGACUGCCGGCUCCGAGCCACCGGAGCCCGGUGCGGCUGCGGAGGUGCCGGGACCGGCCCCGGUCGGGCGAGGGGACCGGGAUGCUGCUCUCGAAAAUUAGCUCGUUGGCCCAUCUGCGCUCCGGGACCGGCGGGGAGCUGCACGCCGCGAAGCUGCAAGCGGGUAAGGGCGGUAACUGCCCGGCUCCGCUCGGCCCGGGGCGGCGGGUAGGGGCCGGUUGGAGCCCCGGCUGCAGCGGUAACGGCCGCGUCUGGCGCGCAGGGAAGGAGAAGGAGCCCCUGGAGCAGCUUUACCGCGUGGGACCGCUGCUGGGGAGCGGCGGCUUCGGGUCCGUGUACUCGGGGGUCCGCCUGUCCGACAGCGCCCCGGUGGCGAUCAAACACGUGGCUCGGGACCGCAUCUCCUCGUGGGGCGAGCUGCCCAACGGCACUCGAGUACCAAUGGAGAUAGCCAUGCUGAAGAAGGUGGGCUCUGGCUGCAGCGCCAUCAUCCACCUCCUGGACUGGUUUGAGCUGCCCGACAGCUUCGUGCUGGUGCUGGAGCGUCCGGAGCCGUCGCAGGAUCUGUUUGACUUCAUCACGGAGCGGAGGUUCCUGCCUGAGGACCUGGCGCGGGGGCUGUUCCUCCAGGUGCUGGAGGCUGUGCGACACUGCCACAGCUGCGGCGUCGUGCACCGAGACAUCAAGGACGAGAACAUCAUCAUCAACCUGUCCACCGGAGAGCUCAAGCUCAUCGACUUCGGCUCCAGCACCUUCCUCAAGGACACAGCCUACACCGAAUUUGACGGAACACGCGUGUACAGCCCACCGGAGUGGGUCCGCUACCACCGCUACCACGGCCGUCCAGCGGCCAUCUGGUCACUGGGCGUGCUGCUUUAUGACAUGGUCUGCGGGGACGUCCCCUUCGAGCGUGAUGAGGACAUCAUCGGUGGGGAGCUCUUCUUCCGGCGCCGGGUCUCUGUCGAGUGCCAGCACCUCAUCCGGUGGUGUUUAUCCCUGCACGCUUCCGACAGACCAUCCCUGGAAGACAUUUUCAACCACACGUGGCUGCAAGCCCUUCACCUGCCCCAGGAGACAGCCGACAUCCACCUGCACAGCCUCAUCCAGGAGCCUGGCAAGUGACAGCUUCAGGCAGCUCCUGGCCAGAAGCAGCAAAGAAUCCCAGACUUGUCCUGCUGAGCACAGAACUGAGCAAGGAUCCUCAGAUGCACCUCGCACAGCUUGUCCUGGACCUCGUCUUCCAAGCACCAGUGGCCGCCAUCCAGCCCGGCUGCCCUGGACUUUGUGUUGUUCCGUUUAGUUUGCUUUGGUUUGGUUUGUUCUGGUU